CGCGGUGCAACCACAGAGGUCGCAGCGCGGCGGGAGUUGAGCGCGCGGCCGGCUCCCCAGGAGCCGGGCAUGGAGUAUCAGGAUGCCGUGCGCAUGCUCAACACCCUGCAGACCAACGCCAGCUACCUGGAGCAGGCGAAGCGCCAACGCGGGGACCCCCAGACACAGCUGGAAGCCAUGGAGCUGUACCUGGCACGGAGCGGCCUGCAGGUGGGGUCUUACCUGUCUGUCCAGGUGGAGGACCUCGACCGCCUGAACAUCAUCCACGUCACCGGGACCAAGGGGAAGGGCUCUACCUGUGCCUUCACUGAACGCAUCCUCCGAAACUAUGGGCUGAAGACGGGCUUCUUUAGCUCCCCUCACCUGGUGCAGGUGCGCGAGCGGAUCCGCAUCAACGGGCAGCCCAUCAGCCGCGAGCUGUUCACCAAGCACUUCUGGCGCCUCUACCAGCGGCUGGAGGAGACCAAGGAUGGCAGCUACGUCUCCAUGCCCGCCUACUUCCGCUUCCUCACGCUCAUGGCCUUCCACGUGUUCCUCCAAGAGAAGGUGGACCUGGCCGUGGUGGAAGUGGGCAUCGGCGGGGCCUACGACUGCACCAACAUCAUCAGGAAGCCAGUGGUGUGCGGCGUCUCCUCGCUUGGCGUGGACCACACCAGCAUCCUGGGGGACACGAUGGAGAAGAUUGCCUGGCAGAAGGGGGGCAUCUUCAAGCGUGGUGUCCCGGCCUUCACUGUGCUGCAGCCGGACGGGCCCCUGGCGGUGCUGCGGGAUCGAGCCCAGCAGAUUUCGUGUCCUCUCUACCUGUGCCCGCCACUGGAAGCCUUGGAGGACGGCGGGCCGCCGCUGAGCCUGGGGCUGGAGGGGGAGCACCAACGGUCCAAUGCCGCCUUGGCCUUGCAGCUGGCCCACUGCUGGCUGCAGCAGCAAGACCACCAGGACGUCGGGGAGCUGACGGCUUCGUCCAGGCCCAGCGUCAUGCGGCAGCUGCCUCUGGCGCCCGCAUUCCAGCCCACAGCCCGCAUGCGCCAUGGGCUUCGGGACACGGAGUGGCUGGGCCGCACGCAGGUGUUGCGUCGGGGGCCCCUCACCUGGUACCUGGACGGUGCGCACACCACCAGCAGCGUGCAGGCCUGCGUGCGGUGGUUCCUCGCAGCGCUGCGGCACCAGGAGAGGCAGAGCACUGGCCCUGAAGUGAGAGUGCUGCUCUUCAACUCCACCGGGGACCGGGACCCAGCGGCCCUGCUGAAGGUGCUGCAGCCCUGCCAAUUUGACUAUGCCGUCUUCUGCCCCAACCUGACCGAGAGGUCGCUCUCCGGCGAUGCAGACCAGCAGAACUUCAUGGUGACGCUGGACCAGGUGCUGCACCGCUGCCUGGAACACCAGCAGCACUGGAGCCGCCUGGACGACGGCGGCCGGAGCGCCCCCAGCCCUGAGCCCGCCGGGCCCAAGCCCCUGCUGCUGGCGCCGCCCCCGGCCCGCCCCGGCCGCAGCACCUCCCUGGUCUUCGGCUGCAUCUCACACGCCUUGCAGUGGAUUAGCCAAGGCCGGGACCCUGUCUUCCAGCCCCCCAGCCCCCCAGGGGGCCGCCCCCCCUUCCCCGUGGCUGGCAGCAAGACCAGGCUGCUCCGCGAGGCCGCUGCCAUCCACGUGCUGGUCACGGGCAGCUUGCACCUGGUGGGUGGCGUCCUGAAGCUGCUGGACCCUUCCCUGUCGCAGUAGCCGAGGCCGUGGGGUUGGAGGUGGGGACCCCCACGCCUGCCCUGCAUUCUCCCCGCGAACUCAGACACCUGGUGCCUUUGACUGCUGCUGAGGCUGGGGGCAAGGAGGCCCCCCUCGGCCCCCUUCCCGGCCGGGAAGCGCCCAUGCGGCAGCCCUCCUGUCCCCCAGCUCGGCCCAGCUUACUCAGGAGCUGCCUGGCCAGGCCCAGGUCCUGCUGGCUGCCAGGCGGUAGACUUCCUCCGCCCAGUGCCUUCUGGGGAAGGACGGGGCCCUGUCUGGUUCUCCCUGGGGCCAGAUAGCUGAGUGAAUUAAAGCCUUUAACUUUUAUAAAGAACUGGCAAAGCUU